GCCAAAUAGCCUCUAAAGCUGCAAUCCGGCAUCGUUCGGGGAUGAGAUGUGAUCGUCUCCGUUGGCGCUCAGAACGAUAAUGUACGCUGGCGAGGGCCAUCCAUGCUCGCAUCCUCUCCUUCAGGGUUGGAUUGAAGUCGACGAAUCGAGCAUUGCUGUAAGCAGCAGGAGGAGAAGAACAGUGAAUGUAAGAGAACAAUUGUCUAUUCCGGGGCUUCGUCGUCAUCCACGACGACAAGUGCGGCCGCCGCCGUUUUUCUCGGUGGAAAAUGGCGAAAGCAAUGCUUAUGGCACACCAGAUAUUCAUAGCAGCUCUGGAGAUCAAAAAGGUUUACCAAGGAAGAAUGAAAAAAGUCAAAGGGAAUCACUAACAUCAGCCGAGAUCUUGACGAGAAUGAGGAGAUAUGGAAUUUCCGGAUUAUUGUCCUAUGGGUUACUAAACACUGCUUACUAUAUGACGACAUUUCUUGUGGUUUGGUUUUAUGUUGCUCCAGCACCUGGAAGAAUGGGAUACUUGGCAGCAGUGGAAAGAUUUCUUAAAAUAAUGGCCAUGGUGUGGGCUGGAAGCCAGGUUACAAAGCUUGUCAGGGCCGCAGGGGCUCUAGCACUUGCACCUUUUGUGGAAAGAGGAUUGUCAUGGUUCACUGCCAAGUUUAAGUUUGAGUCACAAGGCAAGGCAUUUAUGGCGAUUGUUGGAUUUUGCCUUGGGCUGGCUGUCAUGCUGUUCUUUGUUGUGACUUUGAUUUGGGCAUGAAAACAUUUCAUCUAAUCAUUCAUAUUGUGCUGUAUUGGAAAAGCCUUCUUAUGCAUUGCUGGAUUGUCUUCCUACUUGUGAUUCAUCCAAAUUCACUGCAUUGUCUUCUCGGAUUAGAUGUUCUGAUAUUUAAGGGUGUAUAUUAUUUCCAAUUAGAUUCGUCUGAAUAUUCUCUUUAAUUACAUUUUCCGCGUUCCUUCCCUUCAUUUAACAGUUUGUAAAACCAGUUUAGGAGAAAGAUAAAAAAGAAAUAUGUACAAUCAGUAGACAUUAAUAAAAACAAACAAACAAAUGUGGAUUACCAUUUGGUUUAUGUACACAACCUUUGGAAGAAGGGGAGUGCCUGAGUUUU